AAAACUCUUUAUAUUAUAUUUAAUUUAGCCAAACACAUAGAAGAGUCAUUUUUAUUAGUUUAUAAAAUCAGUUAGACAUGAAGUUUGUCUAUCUAUUUAGCUAUGAGUUGUUAUUUUCGGGUAUCAUUUUUUUUUGAAAUUAGGUCUCGUUUGAAUAUUAUAAAUUUAUGCGUGGGUUUUGAUUUGGGUCCUUAUGGGUCUGGAUGAGUUCGGUUCUGAUGUAUAGAAACCUAAAAAUAUAUAAAUAACAAAUGUAUCUGAAACAUGUUUAGAUAUUUGUACCAAAAAUAACUAUAUUACCCGAUUCGAUACAGGCCUUUGAAUACAAUUAAUUAUUUUAAGAUUCAUGCUAAUUAUGAAAAACAAAUAUUAAUGUAUAAAAAUGUAAGAAUCAAUACCAGCGCGGAAGCGCGGACCGGUCUCUGUACAUAAUUUAAAUCCAAAGUACCCGAAACUAACUAGCAAACGAAAGACAAGUAUAUUGUAAGAAUUUCACGUAAUCGAUAUCAAUUAUUACAGGGUGAGUUGAAUCCGUAAAAUCUAAUUUAGGCCUGGGCAUUUUACCCGGACCCGAAGACCCGAACCGGAACCGACCCGAAAAUACAGGUUCGGGUCCGGGUCCGGGUCCAUGCUAAGUACCUAUUGGGUUUUUUUUUUUGGACCCGCGGGUCUCGGUUCGGGUCCGGGUCCUGCCCGAGACCCGUUCGGGUACCCGAAGUACCCGCAAGUAAUUGUAUAUACUAGAUAUAUUUGGGUGAUUGGGUAUAUUUUUGGUAUUUUGGAUUUUUUUUAAAAGUUUUGGGUUUGGAUUUUCGGGUAUAAUUGUAGGUUUUUGGUGAAAUUUUAGAUUUUUAGAAAAUAUAAUUUGGGUAUUCGGGUAAAAUCCGGGUAUGUUUUGGAUUUUCGGAUCUGAUUUUGGAUAAAUUUUUGGGUAUUUUUGCGGUUCUUCGGGUAUUUUUAGAGUUUUCGGGUCUAUUUCGGGUCCUAAAUACCCGAACCGACCCGGAUCCGAAAUAUACCCGAAAAUUUUGGGUAUUUUACGGGUAUUGAAAUUAUAGACCCAAACCGACCCGGACCCGACAAGACCCGACCCGGAACCGACCCGAAAAGUUAUAGGUACCUACAUGGGUCUAAAUUGCUAGGACCCGAAGGACCCGAACCCGACCCGAAGACCCGGAUGCCCAUGCCUAAUCUAAUUGCAUAAGACUGCAUUUGUUUCGGAUUGAUCGAGUAAUCGACCGGGUUUUGGGUAGAAAACUUAACCGAACUGAUAGUCCCAGUUCUAGUUGUGAAAAAACAUUGGUUAAAUACACUUAUAUGUAACGGAUCCGAACCGGUUAGUUUUGAGUCGGUUUUAGUCCGGGUAUUUGGUUCUAGUAUUUAUGCCGAGACUGUAAUAAUUUGUUACCACACAAAAAAAAAACCAAUGUUUUUUUUUGUAAUUGACUUGGAAGAUUUUGAUCCAAUGAUCUUUGACAUUUGUUUGAGGAUAAAUCCACAUUUCCACCAACCCUUAGCAUCACAAAGUUAUGAAAUGGAUCAUCACAGGGUCCACAUGUGAUGCAAGAAAACCGCGUCUACUAUAGCAAAAUCCAAGUUCAUCCACUCUCUGUUUCUCUCUGCUCCUCUCUACUAGUCCCAUUUCUUCACUACACUUCUUUUUAAUUUUAAAACAAAAUCCAGAUUCUGCCUCCUUCCUUUAGAUACUCCUUAUUUAAUCACAAUAAUACUAUUUUAGUGAAUCUACAGUUUUCCUUUGAGAGAUAACACUUGUUAAACCCACAAACAACCUGUGUAGUUUCCUGGAAGCUACACUUUUAAACAAUUGAGAUAUAUUAUUAAACGUGUACAUGCUUUAUCUGCUGUUUAAGAUACUAAUCCACAUUUAUAAAUAACUGCUAGCAAUUGUUAACAUUCCAACAUCAGAAUCCAAUCAGUCCACAAUACAAAAAUAGCAAACAUUUUUAGAAAGAAAACUUACUUCUCUGUGUGGUUUGUUCAUGUCUGGUCAUAGUAAUUCCAAUAACAAUGCACGAAGUGAUGGACAAGCUGGUAUACCCUCUGCCUACAGAGGAGUCCGGAAGAGAAAAUGGGGCAAAUGGGUGUCAGAAAUCCGUGAACCAGGGACCAAGAACCAUAUCUGGCUAGGGAGUUUCGAGACUCCUGAAAUGGCCGCAACCGCCUAUGACGUGGCAGCAUUCCAUUUCAGGGGACGAGAGGCUCGUCUCAACUUCCCUGAACUCGCCAGCAGCCUGCCACGCCCUGUAGACUCUAGCUCAGACAGCGUUCGCAUGGCAGCUCAUGAGGCAGCACUCUGCCUCAGAACCGAACCAGUGGAGUCAGCCAUGCAAUUGGACACCUCAAGCUCCUCCAAUGCAGGUCCAACGAUGGUCAGACUCUCCCCCAGAGAAAUUCAAGCGAUCAACGAGUCAACUCUGGGAUCUCCUACCAUGAUGAUGCAUUCAACAUAUGAUUCAAUGGGGUUUGGCUAUGAUACGGGGAUGAAUGUGUGGGACACAUACCUAACUGACUCUCUUUGGGACCCUUAAUCCCAAACUCAUGGAGAGUUUCUACAUUUUAACAAUAAUUGGUUGCUUCCAGCUUAAGUCAAUUGCCUAGAAUGUUUAAUUAUUAGGGUUUAGUUUCCAGAGUCUAGCACGAGGGUUGUUGAUUCUGACGUUAUGGCAAGGAGGAAAGCUCAUCUGAGUUUUGGAGGGAAGGGCACAAUUGUAUUCUUCUAAAGGAACAAGAGAGCUUGAUGGGUCCCAAAUAUGGACCUCUUCACCAAUAUUUUUAAGCAUUAUUUGUCACUAGUAGACACAAAGCUUCUAUUUCAUAAGCUAUGUUAGAGAUUGUGAGGUGUGACUUAUUUUUUAUUUAUUUUUCCCAAUUGUUUGUUACCCCAUAUGCUUAUGUAAUUCGAUAUGAAACAUUGAUUUGAUUUGGUAUUAUGUUGUAUGGAUUUCUGAAAACUAUAAGAUUUUUUUAAUUAUUCUAACAAUACUUUUUCUAUCAACUUUCUUUCCUUACCGAACCACGACUAAUCUUAAGAAUUUUUGUUUAAAUUUCAUACUUGGAUUUUAAAUGGCGUUUGGCACUCAAUGACGAGGAAGGUGGACCGUUCGCCAUGGUGCAAAAAAAGCGACCACCAUGCAAAUGGACGACCUUUGUUUUGACAUCGCAGAAUAGAGGACUUUAAA